AUGUCCCUCGUCAACCUUGCAGCCGUGUGUUCACAUCUGCAGAAUGCCUCCAAGGCUCGGCUCGGAUUAACUUCCAUCCCUGUCUCCAAGCUGCAUGUCAAGCUCGCCCUGGGUUUGCAGCGCGAAGGCUUCCUCUCCUCAGUCACACUCGGCGGGCCAGCACCACCCAAGCCAUUCCUCCUACAAGCACAACAUGACCCCGAAAAAAUGGAAGCCAUGGCAAAAACAUUGGCGGAAGAGCCCUGGCUUGCGUACCCCAUAGAAGGAAAGGGCGCUGCCAAAUCACCGCUGCCUCAGGAGCAAGUUCACGACGUACACGUGCCAGAGAACGCCGCGCGGAGACGGCUGUGGCUCGGCCUCAAGUACUGGCAAAACGAGCCGGUGCUGAAGAAUAUGAAGCUCGUGUCCAAACCUACACGGCGGAUAUGGGUCACAUCAGCAGACUUGGGAAAGAUCACUAGGGCACAAGAGGCAAAAUACGUCGAUGGAUUGACGCAUCCAGGAGAGUGCAUGUUCGUCACAACAGAUCGAGGGAUAUUGGAGGCUAGAGAAUGCGUGGAGCGGCAGCUGGGAGGCAUGGUGCUGUGUAGGGUGUGGUAG